AUAAUUGUGAUACAAUGACCCUUGUGAAAAAUUGACUAACGUUAAUAAAAUGUAUCGCUAAAGGCCAUUCUUCUAUACCAAGAAAGACAAAGUAAAUAACCUCUAAAUCUAUCUUAAAAUUUAUACUUCUAUAAUGAACAUAUUACGGCGUUUAACUCAUCAAAUUAUUAAUAAUAGGCCGUUUAUAAUCCGAACGUGUAGCAGCACCCCCGAUGUUCCCGAUUUUGAAAUGAAAAAUCCUUACGAAAAGGAACAAAUCCAAUGUCUAUUAUGCAAUCAUAACAUACAUGCCGAUUAUAAAAACGUCAGAUUAUUGUCACAGUUUCAAUCUCCAUAUACGGGACGUAUUUAUGGUAGACAUAUAACAGGUUUAUGUAAGAAACAACAGGAAAAAGUUGAAAGUGAAAUAGUGAAAGCCCAAAACGCCGGUCUUAUGGCUUAUUACCUGAAAGAACCAGUUUUUAUGCAGGAUCCUGAAUUGUUUAAUGUAGAAAAACCAUUGAGGCCUCAUAGAUUUUAAAAUUUUUCUGUAUGAACUUAGUUUGGAUAUUAGGUUUUAUAUAAUAAAAUCAUGUUAGUUGAAAA